GAGGAGGAGGAGGAGGAGGAGGACUUCAUGGACAACAAAGACUGAUCCGGUCCGUUUUGCUCCGCUGAAAACCGAGCCAGACUCUUUUUGCAAAUACUGGUUUUUAACACUGCUCAGUGAAGACACAAUGUGCGGUUUUUACGUUUAAAUGCGGCAGAACUGUGGUUCUGGUGUUCAAAUUGUAGGCCGAGCCGAGCCGAGCAGUGCGCUUGGAUGCUCGGACAUCCAGCACUACAGGAGGGUGGAGACUGGAGCUGAAGAGAACAACCGGGCCUUUCCAGUUUUUUUUUAAUUAAAUUUUGCUUUUUUACUUUUUAAUCAUUAUAAUAAAAUAAACAGUGUCUGCAAGCUGUGUCACGUCCUGGUUGGACCUGUCUGACAGCCGCCUUCAGCAGUUCAAUGUCCCUUUAAAUAAAUCCAAGAAAAAAUGUGGGUCAUUCCGGAAGAUGUGCUGCUGGCCGGAGCCUUGUGGAUCACAGAGAGAGCCAAUCCGUAUUUCAUCCUCCAGAGGCGUAAGGGACACGGGGAUGGAGGCGGGGGACUGGCCGGUUUGCUGGUAGGAACCUUGGACGUCGUCCUGGACUCGAGCGCUCGGGUGGCACCGUACAGGAUCCUCUACCAGACCCCCGACUCUUUAGUGUACUGGAUCAUUGCUCAUGGAACGUCCCGUAAAGAGAUCACGGAGCACUGGGAGUGGCUGGAACACAACCUGCUGCAGACUCUCUCCAUCUUUGAGAACGAGAAUGACAUUACCACCUUCGUCAAAGGGAAGGUGCAGGGAAUCAUCGCAGAGUUCAACAAGAAUCAUGACGUCAAAGAGGAUGAAGACACAGACAAGUUCAAGGAGGCGAGUGCAAAGUUUCGGAAGUUGUUCGGGAUGCCAGAAGAGGAGAAGCUGGUCAACUAUUACUCCUGCAGCUACUGGAAGGGGAAGGUUCCUCGGCAGGGAUGGCUCUACCUCAGCAUCAACCACCUUUGCUUCUAUUCCUAUAUACUGGGAAAAGAAGCCAAACUGGUGGUGCGCUGGGCGGACAUCACCCAGCUGGAGAAGAGCGCAACCCUCCUCCUGCCCGACGUGGUCAAGGUGAGCACCCGCACCAACGAGCACGUCUUCUCCGUUUUCCUCAACAUCAACGAGACCUUCAAGCUGGCGGAGCAGCUGGCCAACAUCGCCAUGCGCCAGCUGCUGGACAACAAAGGCUUCGAACAGGACCGAUCGCUGCCCAAGCUCAAGAAGAAAUCCCCAAAGAAGGUGUCUGCUCUAAAGAGAGAUCUGGAUGCAAGAGCCAAGAGCGAGCGUUACCGGGCCCUGUUUCGUCUGCCCAAAGAUGAAAAACUGGACGGGCACACAGACUGCACCCUGUGGACUCCCUUUAACAAGAUACACAUCCUGGGACAGAUGUUUGUUUCCACCAACUACAUCUGCUUCACCAGCAAGGAGGAGACGCUGUGCAGCCUCAUCAUCCCCCUGAGAGAGGUUACCAUCGUAGAGAAGGCAGACAGCUCCAAUGUGCUGCCCAGCCCACUCUCCAUCAGCACCAAGAACCGAAUGACCUUUCUGUUCGCCAACCUGAAAGACAGAGACUUCCUGGUGCAGAGGAUCUCUGACUUCCUGCAGCAAACCACCUCCAAGAUCUACCUGGAACGAGAACUGACCAGCAGCCUCAACAGUUCAGAUGAUGAGGUUUACUCGCAGCAUGGAUCCCUGCUCUCCAGCAGUCUGCCGCACAGUUUGGGUUCCGAUGUUGAGCGAGCCUUCAACCUGAAUGACAACAGUGUUCCCACAGCUUCAGAGGCUCUCAUGACCAUGUACCGCCGUCGCUCACCUGAGGAAUUUAACCCCAAACUGGCGAAGGAGUUCCUGAAGGAGCAGGCGUGGAAAACCCACUUUACGGACUACGGAGAGGGCGUGUGUAUGUACCGGACAGAGAAGACGAAGGAGCUCGUUCUCAAGGGCAUUCCUGAGAGCAUGAGAGGAGAGCUGUGGAUGCUCUUCUCCGGGGCGAUAAAUGAGAUGACCACACAUCCUGGAUACUAUGAAGACCUGGUGGAGAAGUCGAUGGGCAAGUAUAACUUGGCUACGGAGGAGAUUGAGCGGGACCUGCACCGCUCUCUGCCUGAACACCCGGCUUUUCAAAACGAGAUGGGCAUCGCUGCCCUGCGCCGGGUCCUGACUGCCUACGCAUUCAGAAAUCCAAACAUUGGAUACUGUCAGGCCAUGAAUAUUGUGACGUCUGUCUUGCUGCUGUACGCUAAAGAAGAAGAGGCCUUUUGGCUGCUUGUGGCCCUCUGUGAGAGAAUGCUGCCUGACUACUACAACACAAGGGUCGUAGGAGCCCUCGUUGAUCAGGGUGUGUUUGAGGAGCUCGCCCGUGAAUACGUCCCCCAGCUGUACGACUGCAUGCAGGACCUCGGGGUCAUCUCCACCAUUUCGCUCUCCUGGUUUCUCACCCUCUUCCUGUCCGUCAUGCCGUUCGAGAGCGCGGUAGUGGUGGUGGACUGUUUCUUCUACGAUGGCAUCAAGGUCAUCUUUCAGCUGGCUCUGUCUGUGCUGCACGCCAACAUCCACCAGCUGCUGGGCAGUAAGGAUGACGGAGAGGCCAUGACCGUCCUGGGCCGGUACCUGGACAGUGUGACCAAUAAGGACAGCACCCUUCCUCCUAUCCCCCACCUCCAUUCUUUACUGACUGAUAAUGGAGAACCACAUCCAGAGGUGGAUAUUUUCAAACUGGUCCGCAACUCAUAUGAGAAAUUCGGUUCGAUUCGAGCAGAUGUGAUCGAGCAGAUGCGUUUCAAACAGAGACUGAGGGUCAUCCAAACCAUUGAAGACACAACGAAGCGCAAUGUGGUCCGAACUAUUGUUACAGAGACAGCUUUCAGUAUUGAUGAGCUGGAGGAGCUUUAUGUGCUCUUUAAGGCUGAGCACCUGACCAGCUGUUACUGGGGAGGCAGCAGCAACCCCACGGAGCGUCACGACCCCAGCCUGCCGUACCUGGAGCAGUACCGCAUCGACGGCGAGCAGUUCAAAGGUCUGUUCAACCUGCUGUUCCCCUGGGCCAACGGAGCCCACUCGGACCCCCUGGCUGUGCGCUUCUUCCGUCUCCUCGACGAAAACGGAGACGGCCUGCUCAACUUUCGCGAGUUCAUCAACGGCCUGGGUGUUCUGUGUCAUGGGGACCUAACAGAGAAGCUGAAGCUCCUCUACCAGAUGCAUGUUUUACCUGAGUUCACGCACGAACUAGAGGAGCCCGACUCAGCCUUUGAAGCCACUCAGUACUUCUUUGAAGACAUCACUCCAGAAACAUCCAACGGCCGUGACUCAAAGUGCAGAGGAGAGAAGGAUGAUGGCUUCGUCAGGGUUACAUUCAAGACUGAAAAAGUGAAGAGACUGAAUACUCCUGAUUACCGUCAGUACCUGAAAAUGUGGAGCCAGGAAACGAAACCUAAACGAGAAAACGCAAAAGACCUCCCGAAGCUGAAUCAGAGCCAGUUUAUCGAGCUUUGUAAGACCCUCUACAGCAUGUUCAGCGAGGAUAUCGCAGAACAAGAACUCUAUCAUGCAACAGCAACAGUCACCAGUCUGCUGCUGGAAAUGGGAGAAGUGGGGAAGCUCUUUUCCUCCUGUGGCAGACAGGUCCCCAACUCGGAGGAAAAAUGCGAGCCGAGCUUGUGCAGGAGAGACUUUUCAGAUCUGAAAACCGCCCAGGAGGCUUCGGAUUUGGGAGACGUGUUUGUCCCUGCAGGCCUGGAGAGCAAGUCCUGCGAGAAGGAAAACAAGGGGGAGGAGAGCGAGGAGCUGCCCUCCAUGCAAGACAUCAAACUGGAGGACUCCUCUCCUAAAGACACAGGCACGUCGUCUGCCAUGCUCAUCUCGGACGACGAAACCAAAGACGACACCUCGGUGUCCUCGUACUCGGUGCUGAGCGCCGGCUCGCACGAGCUGGAUGACAAGCUGCAUUGCGAAGACAUCUCAGACGACACGGUGCUGGUGCGCAACGAAGACGGUGCGAGGAGCGGCGGCCGUCCUCACGGCUGUGCGCCGCACGACCCGAGGCUGCCUCACAGCACGAGCAUCGACAAAGACUGGGCCAUUACGUUCGAGCAGUUUCUGGCCUCCGUCCUCACAGAGCACGCCCUGGUGCGCUAUUUUGAGAAGCCAGUGGAGGCAGCGGCAAUCAUAACCAAUGCAAUGAAUGUGAGGAAAGCUGGGCGCCCUCUGCUGUCCAGUAGUGACUAUGAGAUCUCGAUUUCUGGCUGAAAUUUUGGUAAAGGAAGUUGUUUCCCUGAAGUAUCAAGGAAAAUGUUAAAGUGUAUGAUAACUUAAAGAAUGUGACCAAAACUACUUCUAAUGUAUUUUAUCAGAAAACUGAAGACUUCUAUCCUAACAAUCAAUGAAUCCCAUCCAGUAAAGAGGUAACGUUAACUUAGGACUGAAGUCAGUGUGCACAUUUAGUAGCUGUACUAUAUAAAACUUUAAUGCAUAGGUGGUAAUAUUAUAAACUCUUGUACUCCAAGGUGAUGUUGAUGUUGAUGUCCACAGGUACACUUCAGUUCCAGGCUGGGAUAUUGUAGUCUACAGUACAUUCGAGCACCUAUCAUUAUAUCUGAACAAACUGUUACUUCCUUAACUUGCAAUUCCAUUUGCUGCUAAUUAACUUUUUUUUAGUUUUUUCUUUGAAGGAAACUAUAACAAAAAGCUAUAAGAAGUCAAUGAGUGAGUUUAUGUCCUGUGUUCACUUUAAUGCAGCGUGUCACUUCGGCAGAUUAUUUAUUGACCAACUGAAUUUUUUUUUUUUUUUUUAGUUUCAAAUAAAUUAUUACACUAACACAAGAUCUAGCACCUUAGAACAUAGUCCACUAUUAGAUUUCCAUUGCCUUUUGUUUUAUUGUUUGUACUCUAAAAUUUUUUAAACAUUUCUGCUUUGCAUAUUUUUUUACAUUGCUUUUUUUUAUUGUAAAUAUGUUUAAUUUAAUUGUCCAGGUGUUGCUACUCUGGAUUCUGGUGCGUUGUGUAUCUCGUCUUAUUAAAAUUAGUGCCAUUCACUACCUGCUGCACA